GAGUGUGAGCCAAUCGGAAGGAGACUGAUGUCAUUAUUACGUCUGUGUGUGUGUGCGCGCGCGCGGACGCGGCAGGUGCGAUCAUCAUCAUGAGGUGUUUAUUAUCGCUGAUCUGCGCUGCUCUUCUCAUCACACAGGUUUUAGGAGAAUACGGUGUGGCUCAUUUCAGUGAUUUGGGAGAAAGCAGAGGGAAAGAUUACUGCAUCCAUUUUAACUCCCACUGGACUCCCUUACCUCAACAGCUCCAGACCACGUCCGCAGUGGAGGUGUAUGAUCUGACCCCGUCUGUGCUUUGCUCCGACUCCGACAUCAUGGAUGGCAGGUUUCCUGACUGUGUUGUCAUGGUGAUGCGUGGGAAUUGCACAUUUUAUGAAAAAGUACGUUUGGCCCAAAACAACGGUGCAAAAGGCCUCCUGAUCGUCAGCAAAGAAUGGCUGAUUCCUCCACAGAGGAAUACAUCUCAGUACGACGAGAUCAACGUUCCGCUUGCUUUAAUUAGUUACACUGACAUGCUGGACAUCCACAUGCGCUUCAGAGACAGAAAGCAGGUGGUGCUGUACUCUCCUCGUGAUCCGCUGGUGGACUGCAGCGUGUUGGUGAUUUUCCUCAUGGCUGUGGGGACAGUAGCAGGAGGAGGAUACUGGAGCGGUGUCCAAGAGAUAAAACGACGGAUGAAGGAGGAGCAGAGCGGAGAGAGGGAGGAGACGAGAGAGGAGACGGUAACCAUGACUCCUGUCCAGAUCGCCCUGUGGGUGGGGAUGUGUUGCCUCGUGCUGGUGUUGCUCUACAUGUACUACGAUUAUCUGGUGUACUUCUUCAUCUGGAUUUUCUGUCUCACCUCCUCCGUGGGUCUGUACCAGACUCUCUGGCUUUUGGUCUGCAGACUUCCUGUGGGAAAGUGCAGGGUUCCUGAGAACAAGCUGCCUUACUUAAAACAGAGGCCGGAGGUGCGGAUGCUGUUGCUGGGUGUGGUGUGUGUGAGUGUGAGCAUCACCUGGGGUGUGUUCCGCAAUGAUGACCGGUGGGCGUGGGUGCUGCAGGACACAAUGGGCAUGGCUUGCUGUCUCUACAUGAUGAAAAUACUCACACUGCCCAGCUUCAGAGCAUGCACACUGCUGCUUGUGUCUCUGUUAGUGUAUGACGUCUUCUUCGUCUUUAUCACACCUUACAUCACUAAGAGUGGGGAGAGCAUCAUGGUUGAAGUAGGUGGAGGUCCUUCUGAUUCAUCCUCACAGGAGAAGGUGAGACUCAUCUCAGUCAGACAGACAGCUCCCGAUGGUUCUGAAGGUUCCUUACCUGAACUUUUCUGCUGUGGUUCUGUGCAAUCGUCCGUUUUUACUGCUGGGUUUAGGAGACAUUUGUAUUCCUGGUCUGCUCAUAGCUUACUGCCACAGGGUGGAUGUUCUUCUACACUCAUCUCGGGUUUACUUCCUGGUCUCCACUGUGGGGUACAGUGUGGGUCUGGUCCUCAGCUUUGCGUGUGCAUUACUGAUGCGGGCGGCUCAGCCGGCUCUCCUCUACCUGGUGCCGUGUACUCUGCUGUGCAGCCUGGUGGUGGCGCUGUGGCGCUCCGAACUCAAACUCUUCUGGAACGGGGUUGUGUCUCUGCCUUCUCCUGUCUCCAUGGCAACCGUCACUCAAACACUAACCUCCACCAACCAGGAGCCAGAAGAAUGUGAUGUGACCAAUCAGGAUGAAGCCUCGCCUCCAGCUACAGAGGAACAUCCUCAGAGGACAGAAGAGACAGUCAGUGAAGUUCACUGAAGACAAAACUACAGCUGUGUCUUAAUUGUUUCUCUUAAUUUAUUUUUUAAAUCUGUUUUAAUGAACCAAUCUAAAUUAAAUUAAUUGGAAUUAAACAAAUGAUUUCUGUGGACAUGA